GUUACUCCGGAAGUGAAGACUUCUUAAGCUCCUCCGCCGGCGGAGGGCCAGGUUGAAGGGAUGGCCGGGCGGACGGCGCGGCUGGUGCUGCUAGCUGGAGCAGCCGCGCUGGCAAGCGGCUCCCAGGGCGACCGCGAGCCGGUGUACCGCGACUGCGUGCACCGAUGCGAAGAGCGGAACUGCUCGGGGGGCGCACUGAGGCACUUCCGUUCCCGCCAGCCAAUCUACAUGAGUUUAGCAGGCUGGACCUGUCAGGACGACUGUAAGUAUGAGUGUAUGUGGGUCACUGUUGGCCUCUACCUCAAGGAAGGUCACAAAGUGCCUCAGUUCCAUGGCAAGUGGCCCUUCUCCCGGUUCCUGUUCUUCCAAGAGCCAGCUUCUGCCAUGGCCUCUUUCCUCAAUGGUUUGGCCAGCCUGAUGAUGCUGUACCGCUACUACACCUCGGUGCCAGCCUCCUCCCCCAUGUAUCCCACCUGCGUGGCCUUCGCCUGGGUCUCCCUCAAUGCUUGGUUCUGGUCCACAGUAUUCCACACCAAGGACACCGACCUCACAGAGAAAAUGGAUUACUUCUGUGCCUCCACCGUCAUCCUACACUCCAUCUAUCUGUGCUGUGUCAGGGCUCUGGGCACGGGCCACCCUCCACCUGAGCAGCUCUGGAUGGCGGGGCAGGACCGUGGGGCUGCAGCACCCAGCUGUGGUCAGCGCCUUCCGGGCCCUCCUGCUGCUGAUGCUGACGGCGCAUGUCUCCUACCUGAGCCUCGUCCGUUUCGACUAUGGCUACAACCUGGCGGCCAAUGUGGCUAUUGGCCUGGUGAACGUGGUGUGGUGGCUGGCCUGGUGCCUGCGGAACCAGCAUCGGCUGCCUCAUGUCCGCAAGUGCAUGGCGGUGGUCCUGCUGCUACAGGGCCUGUCCCUGCUCGAGCUGCUCGACUUCCCGCCUUUCUUCUGGGUCCUGGAUGCCCACGCCAUCUGGCACAUCAGCACCAUCCCUGUCCAUGUCCUCUUCUUCAGCUUUCUGAAAGAUGACAGCCUGUAUCUGCUGAAGGAAUCGGAGGCCAAGUUCAAGCUGGACUGAAGGCCCUGGGAGUGGGUCUGCCCUGCCGGGGAUCCUGCCCUCUCCCUGCUGGCUCCCCUUCUCCCCAGAAUCCUUGAGACGAUUUUUGUCUUUUAGCAUCUUGAAUUUGGACAUGAAGGGUAUGGGCCCAGAAUCAUGUAACUGCCCAUCACCUCGCUUGCCCCAACAUGGCCCUCACAGAUCUCA